UAUAUAGUUGUUAUAGGGCCUCAAACCUUUCCUUCUGGGUGUUAAAAACUUCCUAGCAAACUUAAUAUACCCUGUUCAGAGUAUACAAAUUGUUGUAGUUAAUUUGGUUUAUUGCUUAUUCAUUACUAUUUUUCUUAAGUAAUGUUAAUAAUAAUUUAAAUAGUAGGGCCUUUCUGAAAUAAAUUAAUUCUCAAAAUUCGAUUUGAAAACUUAAUAUUUAAAGCAAUAGGUGGCAUCUCUGUUCAUGCAAUUUGUAGCAAAGCAUUUCGCGCGUCUUCAUCAUUUUACUUCAUUCUGUUGCGAUUGCGAAAAUCUAUCCGAAGAAAGCAAAUUAAAUUUCAUUUGUGAAAAGUUUGCUACUAAGUACGUUUAAGAUAAAAAGGAGAAAUGGGUCUUUUGGAUUUAUGUGAAGAAUUUUUUGGAGAACGAGAUCUCUAUAAGUUGUUGGAUUUGGAGAAAAAUGCAUUGCCCAGAGAUAUAAAAAAGGCAUAUUACAAGAUGUCUUUGCAAGUUCAUCCAGAUCGUGUUGAGGAUGAUAAAAAGUCUGCAGCUACGGAAAAGUUCAAAGUUUUGUCCAAAGCUUAUCAGGUUCUCUCCGACAAAGAGAAGCGUGGUUUAUAUGACGAACAAGGUGUUAUUGUUGAUGAGGAGGACGAAGGUAAACUAAGUUCAUGGAUGGAUCUGUGGAGGCAAGUGUUUAGACGGGUUACUGAGGAAGAUAUUAUUAACUACGAAAAUUCUUAUGUUGGUUCUGAACUGGAACGAGACGAUAUGAAAAAGGCUUAUUUAUCGAGUAAAGGCUGUAUAAAUAAGAUAAUGACUGAAGUUCCGUUUCUGCACAUUAAAGAUGAGCCGCGUCUACAGAAAAUCAUUAGAGAAAUGAUUGAUGCCAGUGAGGUGCCGGAAUACAAAAUUUUCACGAAUGAACCAUCCCAGAAACGUCAGCGUCGUCAUAAGAAAUAUGCCCGAGAGGCGAAGGAGGCGGAAGAGAUCAAACAAAAAUUAGAGUCUGGCGAUUUACAAAAACAGAUAUUGAAGCGUCAGGCGCAUCGACAGGAUGAUUUUAACUCAUUUUUGGACAAAUUGGCUGAAAAAUAUGCCGAUGGUGACGACAGCGAAGUAUAUGAUUUUUCAAAGAAAACCAAAUCUAAGAAGAAGGCAGUCAAUACUCCAUCAAAAACAAAUGGUGUUAAGAAGGGAAGGGUACAGAAAAGACGCACUUAGUUUUUUUUUGUGUGUUUUAUGUUUAGAUAUGGGCUGGAGCAUUAGUUUAGUAUGUUGAGGGAAUCAAUUAUUUAAAUUUUUUGUUUAAAAAAAAUUUGCGUUGAAAUACAAAUUGAAUUUAUUAUAAAUGUA